CACGCGGAUACAGUGUAGCCAGCGCCGGGCAGCGCCUUAAAGGGGCCGCCGCAGCCGGACGGGCCGCCGCGGACUGAGCCGAGGGGCGCCCUCAGCCCUGCCCCAGCCAUGCGGGGCGGGGAAUGGAGCCGGCGGAGCUCGACGUGCUGGGGCUGCGGGAGCAGCUGUUCCACGAGCGGGUCCGGGAGUGCCUGAUCUGCACGCUGCUCUUCGCCAGCCUCUACAUCCUGUGCCACUUCAUCAUCACCCGCUUCAAGAAGCAUGCGGACUUCACCACAGUUGAGGAUGACGAGGAUGCUGCUGUCGACAGAAUUGCGCUGUCGAUGUGCACCUUCACGCUGGCCGUCUCGCUGGGCGCCGUCCUGCUGCUGCCCUUCUCCAUCGUCACCAACGAGGUGCUGCUGCUCUUCCCGCACAACUACUACAUCCAGUGGCUGAACGGCUCCCUGAUCCACGGCCUCUGGAAUCUGGUCUUCCUCUUCUCCAACCUCUCCCUGGUCUUCCUCAUGCCCUUCGCAUAUUUCUUCACCGAGGCCGAGGGCUUCGCGGGAUCCAAGAAGGGCAUCCUGGCCCGAGUCUACGAGACUUUCGUGGUGCUGCUGCUGCUAACCCUGCUGGUGCUGGGGAUGGUCUGGGUGGCGUCGGCCAUUGUGGACGAGGACGCGGGCAGCCGGGAAUCCCUCUAUGACCUGUGGGAAUACUACCUCCCCUACCUCUACUCCUGCAUCUCGCUCUUCGGGGUGCUGCUGCUGCUGUUGUGCACGCCCGUCGGCCUCUCCCGCAUGUUCACCGUCACUGGGAAGCUGCUGGUCAAGCCCCGGCUGCUGGAGGAUCUGGACGAGCAGCUGAACUGCACAAGGUUCGAGGAAGCCGCCCUCUCCCGCAAGAUCUCUGCCGGUCCCACCUCCUGCUGGCUCAGCUUGAGUGCGGCUCUGCUCCGGGAGCAGUUCCUGGCCAUCCAGAGCCGGAGACUGGCGCUGGAGCUGCGGCGUGGUGCCUCGCCCUGGCAGCGGAACCUGGCCUACCCCCUGGCCAUGCUGUGCCUCCUGGCGCUGACGGGCAUCUCUGUGCUCGUUGUCUGUUUCCACACGCUGGAGCUGCUGCUGGAUGAUGCUGCCAUGCCGCGGGGGAUUCAGGAUGCACCCCUGGGGCAGGUCUCCUUCUCCAUCUUUGGGUCCUUCGGCGCCGCCCUGCAGGUGGUUCUCAUCUUCUAUCUCAUGGUCUCCUCAGUCGUGGGCUUCUACAGCUCCCCCCUGUUCACGAGGCUGCUCCCUGCGAGGCAGGACACCCCCAUGACCAAGAUCAUUGGGAACUGCGUGUCCUUGCUGGUGCUCAGCUCCGCGCUGCCCGUCUUCUCCAGGACACUGGGAAUCACGCGGUUUGACCUCCUGGGCGACUUCGGCAGGUUUAACUGGCUGGGGAAUUUCUACAUCGUUUUCCUCUACAACAUGCUCUUCGCCGCCCUCGCCACCCUGUGCCUGGUGAAGAAGUUCACGUGGGCCGUGCGGGCCGAGCUCGUCCGAGCCUUUGGUUUGCACAAGCUGCCCCUGCCCGUGCCACGCACCCGCCAGCCCAGCAAGCUCUGCUAGGACGAGUCUGGCGCCAGCCAACGGCUGGGACAUGGGGGCUGCUGCGGCCCCUCUGGGCCGGGGCGGGGGGGCAGCCCCACCCCCCACUCGAUGGAGUUAUUUGGGUCUCCUGCAUUCUGAGCCGAAGGACCAUGGACCCUGUGGAAGGGGUGGGGCCUGGAUGACUCCGCCCUUGUCUGCUUCUGACCAAUGGCCUGCUGGCGAGAAGGGGCCAGUAUCCUCCUGUGGUGCUGAUGCUGCAUGGGGGAGACAGGAGAAUUUGUGCCUGCGCGUGUGGGGGCGGGAGAUGGCAGCUCCAGGUACCAUGCAGGGAGGUGCAUGGGAUUGUAAUGGGAGCUGAUGGCCAGCAGGGGGUGCUGUGCGGAGGCGGUAGGGCCCUGGCUGUGGGGGGCUCCUGGCUAGUCCAGCCCCAGCCUCUCCCAGCAGGGGGCGCCGUGGGGAGCAGGGGUUUAGCAGGUGCCGAAGUUGCCUCACUGGACUUGUUGCUAAACUCCCCUGCUGGCCCUGAGCCCCCGGGCAGACCCCCGGCGCCGCGGUUACAUACCUCACUGACGUGCACUAGGCGGCCGCCGGCCGCGCCUGCUUCGCUGGCUGCGUCCUCCGUCUGGGCCUCUUCAUUUCAUUUUAUUUAUUUAUUUUGAACAGCUGCUGCCCUGACCUGUUAUGGGUGAAAUAUCCCCCUCCCCCUGCAGUAAGACCCUCCCCUCACCCAGUGAGCUGAGCCCCUCCCUGCUCUGUCUAUCCAGCUCUGGCACUCAGUGACUUAGUGUGGGGCUCCGGGGCAGGGCGGGGAGCUGGGGCAGUGUCGGGGUGGGGUGGGGUAGGGGGGCUCAUCAUUCAAACACCUGGGGGUUUCUUUCUCACCCGGGGCUGUAGGGGGAGGGGAAGGAGCUCUGGCUACAGACACCCCCCAUCUAACAGGGGCCAGGCUGGUGCCUGAUCCUGCCUCGGAGGGAGAGGAGUGGGGGCGAAUCUCUCCUUGGAGUGGGGGCGUUUAGAGGCCUGGGGGGGGGGCUAAACUGUCAAUCCAUCCCCCCCAUUGCAUUAGAGCUGGGGGGGGGGCAGAGCUGGAAGGGGUGUGGGCCAGGAUCUCCACUCCUUCCUGCUGCGUUCCUCCUCCUCGGCCCUGCCCCAGAGCAUGGCAGCCCAGGGCCAGCUUUGCUUUGUCUCAUGAGUGGGUCAGGUCUCUGCGCCGGCAGCUGCUAGUGACAGUGCAGAUCAGCUAUCAACUGCUGUGUGUGUUUAUUUAAAUAAUAAAAAGUGUCUUUUACUACA